UAUGUUAAAAGUAGCAGUCUGCACUUUGCUCGUUCUUAGCAUAACAGCAAUUGAUAUCAAAGCAUCAGUUUGGACUAGUCAUGACUAAAAAAUGUUUGCUCAAAUCAAAUAAUCAGGAUGGGGAAACUUUAUCUUGAAUUUUGGUGAGCUCCAUUUAUCAACAGGUGGUAUCCUUGCAGAACUAAAUACAGAAAUUGCCAAACUUGUAUGAUAAUUUAUUUAUUUAGAUUGAUGAAUUGGAUGAGGAAUUAGCUGAAGUCCAUCAUUAAUAUGCAAGAAGAACAGAUGUCCAUAAUAGAGAAGUAGCAAGACUUGAAUAAGAAAUCUAAGAUAAAGAAAGAGGUAAUAUUAUAUAUAAAAUCAUCAUUAGAGGUUUUCAAUGCUCAUGAUUUCUAUGAUAAUGUCCUUAUUCCUUAAAGAGAUAGAUUUGCUGCCCAACUCGAAUAAUUAUAAGAAAAUAUUGCUUAAAACAGAAAAACACUUAAUGAGGCAACAGUCUAAAGAGCAAAUGAUCAUGCUGAUUUUGAAGCUAAGGUUGCUGAACAUAAUGAAGCCAUUAGUGCCAUUGAUGAAUCACUUCGUUUACUUAGUCAAUUAUCAGCACCUUCUUUAGUUUAAAUCUAAAAGGUUUAGAAGAAUUUGACAAAAAUUUAAUAAACCCUCAAGAGACACAGCACUUUCUAAACAUUCAUCAAGACUCUUUUUGAAUCACUGUGGAUUAAAAUAAAAAAAUUAAUGAAAAAUAUUUAUCUAGCUCUUUGUAAUAUCUUUUUAAUUUAAUGAA